CUCCGGGCCCCGUCGUCCCCGCCGCGCAGCAUGGCCGGGCUGGGCGGCGGCCCCGCUGCCUUCGGGCGCUGCACGCACGCCGUGGUGCGGGCGCUGCCCGAGUCGCUGUGCCGGCAGGCGCUGCGCACCACGGCGGGCCCCGAGGUGGACUUUGCCCGCGCGGAGCGGGAGCACCAGCUGUACGUGGGCGUGCUGCGGGGCAAGCUGGGGCUGCAGGUGAUGGAGCUGCCGGCCGACGAGAGCCUCCCCGACUGCGUUUUUGUGGAGGAUGUGGCCGUGGUCUGCGAGGAGACGGCGCUCCUCACCCGCCCGGGCGCGCCCAGCCGCAGGAAGGAGGUGGAAGCCAUGAAGAGAGCACUAGAAAGUCUCAACCUCAAUAUAGUAGAGAUGGUAGAUGAAAAUGCAACCUUGGAUGGUGGAGAUGUCUUAUUUACAGGCAGAGAAUUUUUUGUGGGGCUUUCCAGGCGGACAAACCAGCGUGGUGCAGAGAUUCUGGCUGACACAUUUAAGGAUUACGCUGUCUCCACAGUCCCUGUUCAUGAUUCUCUGCAUCUGAAGGGCUUUUGCAGCAUGGCUGGACCAAACUUGAUUGCUAUUGGAUCAAGUGAAGCUGCACAGAAAGCCCUCAAGACCAUGCAACAGAUGAGUGACCACCGCUACGACAAGCUGACAGUGCCCGAUGAUGCUGCAGCAAACUGUAUCUACCUAAACAUUCCCAGCAAAGGCCACGUCCUGCUGCACCGAGCCCCUGAGGAGUACCCAGAGAGUGCAAAGGUUUUUGAAAAGCUGAAGGACCACAUGCUGAUCCCAAUAGCCAACACAGAACUGGAGAAAGUAGAUGGGUUACUCACCUGUUCCUGUGUGCUUAUUAACAAAAGUUCAGAAUUAUGAGUUUACAGAGUCCCUCCCUUGUAACUGGCAAUAAUGUUACACACAAGGUAGACGGAUCUGUAUCCACACUUUUGUUGUUUUUAUUGACAAUCUACUGUACCACUGUGCUACUAACCCUUGUUUACAAAUUUUUUGCUUUGUGUAUUUUUAUUAGUCCUUGCAGAUGGUAUUUGAGGUGGAUGCGCAGUCUGUUGAGGGGCACAUAACUCUGAACUAUGUUAGUCCUGUGGGCUAGCAGAAAACAACUAUAAUGGCUAAUCCCUAGUUUCAGUGAUUUAACAUAUCUGAAAAUUUUAUGAAGACCAACUAAUUCUCAACAUUUAAAGCACCUCUCUUGUUUGUACACUGUUCCCUUCUGUCUUUUUUUCUCUUGCUUCCUUGCUCUAUGCCUUUUUUUUCUUUUUUGGGCCUCUGUACUUCUAGUGAUACAAGAUACCAGAGGGGACUGAAGAAAACUCAGUGGGUUCAUGAACUUUGUAUCUUGUGCAGUAGAGAAGCCUUUCAUAUGGUAUCUGCAACAGUGGGCAGUGGCCUUUGCUCACUGUCUCAGCCAUAUCAUAUUGCUGCUGCUGGGCAGAGUUGUAUUUGGAAUCAGUUUCAGGUACCAGGUAGCAACUUCAGAAAAAGCUUCCUCUGUUGGGAGAGUGUUCAAGGGGAGUGUCUGCCUGGGAAUCUUGAAUGACAGAAAAAGUGAUAGUGCAGCCACACAAGAUUCAUCAUAAAAGUUCAGACCCUAGUUUGUUGCUUAGUGCUGUGGCUUUCAGUUUGGUGAGAAUGAGAGUUUUUAAGAAGGUCAAAUCCCAGGGAGCACCUAGACCACAAAAGGGAAAGACUGAGAUGCUUUUUGAAAAGUUAUCCAAAAGUAAUUGGUAUCCAAAAGUAUCCAAAUAAUCCAAAAUAUGGAGAGUGGGAUGGUGGUAGUUAAUUCCCUUUGUUUACUCUUUAAAUUUAUUUGUUUUUCCCUUUUUGGAGGCCACUUACUAGUAAAUUGGAAAGAAAAGGGUGAUAGAAUGAGUUGAAGGACAGCUAUUCCUGGAAUUAUGCUCAUGAAUAAGGGAAGCUAUUUUUUCCUGAAAGAUUGGCAUUUGUACUUUAUCUGUCCUUGGGGCAGUUUUCCUUGGAACAAUAACCAUCUUAUUUUUUUAAUUGCAUGAAUAUUCACUGUGGUAUUCAGUUAAAACAAAUACAAUUUUUGUAGCAAAUUUCACAUGUUUACCCACUGAGUCAUACUUUUUUUCACCAUAGUGAAGUGAAGCAAACCCCAUUGUAUUCACAUGCUUCUUGUUAAAUCAUUUGUAAACUAAGGAUGGAGAAAUUCCCAAACAGAGGCAGUAGUGGGAAUUCUCCAGAGCCUGAUGAAUAGUCUCAACACGUUAUCAACUUCCGAGACAUCUCCUCCACCUUUCCUGAACCACUAACGGUGUGUUGCUAAGGUACAGGGGGAAGUGAGCAAGAGGAGCUCAGGCAGUGUGGUCUGCAGGGAAGCAAACAAUAUUAACUGAGCACGCACUUGGAUAUCCUUUGGAAACCUGUGUGCUUUUUUUGUGGAGUCAUAAGGGAGGAAACAGAAGUACUCAUAUCCUCAGGUACACCCCAGCACGUCUCUCACUUCAUCUCAGUGCCUAAUGCUGAGGAAACCUCCUCGCAGCUUCCAGAAUAUAUCUGAUGCUUUGUGGGCAAACUGUGUGUUGUGAUGACAUGUGGUAUCAUGAGGCAGAAAGCAAUGACAGAAAGCAAAUAUAAUGUAUGUGAGAACAGCAUGUCCCAAAGGAAGCCUUGAGACAGCCAAGCAGCAGGUGCUGGUUUUAUGGCUGUGUGCUGUCCCAAAGGGUUCUCCUGAUGUUUCUCCUUUGUCUCCUCCAUUCAUUCCCAUGCAACAUCACUGAAGUCUGACCCAGGUGAUCAGACUCUAAACAUUACAGCACGGAAUCUCUUUUUCUACCUUCCCUUGGUGCUUUUAAAAUAAAGCAUCUUGCAUUUUAAAAUGAGCUGAAAUGAAAGAAAGAUAUUGUGCCAAAAGGUGACCCUGCAGUAUUUAACUCAACUCCAACUCAGGCAUUGGAAUGGGCUGCCCAGGGAAGUAGUGGAUUCUCUGUCCCUGGAGAUAUUUAAAAAGAGACUGGAUGUGGCACUCAGUGCCAUGGUCUGGUAACCGCAACGGUGGUUCAAAGGGUUGGACUCGAUGAUCUCUGAGGUCCCUUCCAACCCAGCCAAUUCUAUGAUUCUAUGAUAACUCUAGAAGGAAGCUGUACUCUGUUAAAAACCUGUGCAGCCAUGGGAGCUGUCAUGGAAAGCUGGAACAGAAUCCCCCCAACCUGCCCAUGCACCCUGUGAGGCCUGGCCCCCACUUAUCAUAUCCUUCAGUCCCUCUUCUCUGCUCUUCCUAGGAAGCCAGAGCAUCCAGAUACACUGGGACAGAGUUAGGCUCUGGGAUUUGUAUUCAACUUAUCUCUCAACCCCGAGUGAUUUUUGCCUUCUGUUGCCUCAGUUCUCCUGCUUGAGUAUUCCGUGUUCCUUCCUCUUUACUUUUCACUCUGAUUUAUCCCAGCCCACAGUGGACUAUCCUAAAUUCACUCCCUCCUUGAGUAGGUGCCAGGAGGGAGGAGAAACUGAGGGGUCCAUUUUGGCUCUGAGUGACUUCUUUGAGCUGGAAGGAUGAUUGUCAACAGGAGCCAUAGUUCAGAAGAGUGACAAGGGUGACUUCUCUUCUUUAGCAUUACUCCAGAAAAGGGAAAUGUUUGUGGUGGACAUUGUUGGUAUCUUGUGUCCCUGAAAGCUGUAGAUGACAAUGAAUUCCCCUGGCUCCCCGAGGGAUGGUGAGAGGGAGUCAGGAUAUGAGAGCAAGGAAACAGAGAUUGGUCUUUCACCUGUUGCCAUUUAUAUUUCCUUGCCUUCAAGGCUGCAUUUUGGUAUACAGGAAGAGCAAGGGAGUGGCUGAAGGGCUUGAAUUCCCUCAGGUGAUGAUUUCAAGUCUAGCUUCAGGCACAGAAUUUAGGUGCUUUUUCUCUGUCGGUCUCAGUAGGUAUCAUAGCCUCCAAAUGUAGACACUCCAAGUUACAUCUUAGCCUGAUGCCAAAAGUUAGCCAAGCUGCUUAGUGGGAUUGCCCUCACCUCUCCCUUGUUAGCAUUAUUAUUCUUUAUUCUGGAGUUAUAAAGCAAAGACAUUAAGAGCACUUCAGUUUGUGCAUUUGCAGUAUGGUACUAAGAACUAAAAUAAUGCCUUCUUGUUCUUGCUGUUUGCUAUUUUUUUCUGUUGCCCAAAUGAAGAAUUCAGUUGUGAAGACAUUUCUGCUGUGCCACAUGCAUCUAAUGGGCAUCCUGUACAUCUUGUCACCAGAACAUUUCUCAGAUGCCUGAUUUAAAACAUCAUCUUUGAUUAAUAUAAUAAAAUAAACAAAAAAAAAAAAAAAAAAAAAAAAAAAAAAAAAAAAGAGGUGAGAGACUGAAGACUAGGAGAUGCCCAGAUAAGACACUUGAUAACAGCUGUCAGGCUAUAUAACCCAGCAGCCCAGCUGUGGUUAAUAGCUCAGCAAUGGGGCUUGAAUUACUCAUCAAAGGAUUUUUUUUCCUUUCAGCAAGCUGUUUAGCUCACUCCAAAGUAAAGAGCUACAAUGUGCAUUAUAGCUCUUUCAUGGCUGUUACCUUUGCUAAGGGUUUAGGGAGAGCUGGGAUAUGUGGGGCUCUCCACCAGAAUGCAAAUAGUGUCUCUCUCUGCAAUGAAAAUGUGAGUGCACAGUGUACCUUAUAAGAUAAACUUGAAUUCUUCCAUUUGUGCAUUUAUCUUUUCCAUGCCUAAUAUGCUCCUUUUCAUUCUUAAAUAGAUGCCACUAUAUGAAACUAUGCUCUGAUUUUUUUUUUUUUUUUUUUUUUUUUUUUUUGUGGUUUCCAUGUGGUAUAGGUACAGAGCUCAUAGGCAACACUAUGUCUGGUUUUAAAAACAAGAAGUCAGUGCACAGAAAGAAUGUCUGUUCACAGCAAAUAGGGGAUGAAAUAUGGGAAAAAAGCUUUUGAUUUCGUUCAGCUUCUUAUGCAUUACAUCAACAAACUCAGAGUCAAAUUAAUUUGAUAGAAAACAUCAACAUUUACAUGAAACCGUUUUUUGGAAAACAAUUCACUUUUUAAGAUUAUCCAUUUUUGCUUUUAUCACUAAGGAAGCUGAAAAGAUAAAACUGCUUAAAGAAUGAUAUUUGUUAAGUGAUUGUGAACAAAGUAUCAUUGGAGCUUACAGGUAUUACCAGAAAGUUUUAACUGGACGUAUGAUGUGACUUAUAGAGUUGCAUGUGAAUCGUGUUAGUCACUGUUCUAGAUUGUAUUGUUCUGCAGUGCACAAAUAUGACUACUGAACACAGAAGUAUUACAUUUCAUUAAACUUAAAAUCUUGUUGCAGUAUAUAGUUCCCCACUUUUUGUGCCAAAACCAUCAACACAUUCCAUAAUUGGUUCUGCUAGAGGUUUGCACUUUUUUUUUUGUGACUCUUGCAAUUUCUAUACUAUAUAUCCCCAUCACGAAGGAAUAAAGUGUCAGUUGUACUGUGCACUGUGUAGUUGUUGCCUCUUGUUUUGAAACUGAAAGCGUAUGAAUUUAAUUUAAUACCGUGUCAUGCCAUCUUUUAAUUUGGAAGCUUGCUACUUGCCUAGAAAUAAAGCCAAUUGGUCAGUAGUGCCAAAACCUU